AUGGACUCUUCCAUUGAUAUCAGGAGAAGUCACCAAUCUUCAUAUGAGAGGCUUCUAGCUAUCAUCUUUACCAUACUGGCUGUGAUAUCUCCUCUUUAUAUUGAUCAACAAUCAUCGACUGAACUCGAAGAAGAUGAAGCGUUCAAUUUGUCGUUACUCCUUCCCAUCCUGCUCUUGAUCGUCAUCCUCGCCAUUAUUAUCUCCAGCUACAUGGAUCAAAACCGGUUUGAUCCAAACUGGAUUCACAGAGUCGGAGGUUCGUCUGGUGGGAUUCUUCUUAUUCUCACUAUUCUUAUUCUAGUUUUAAAGUGUAAAUCAUGA